AUGUCUUCACAUGGCACCUUGCAUAAUUCACACUCAUCAAAACAUUCUUCCUUCUAUUCCUUUCAAGAUAAAAAUGAAUUUCUUCAACGAUCCCCUUCUCUAUCAAACUUCAGUAACGGAGAAAGACAAAUUCAUACACCUACUUACACCAGAAAGUCAACUCGGCAUAUUUCUCAAUUGGAACCUGAUACUACUGCGUUAUGGGGUUGGGUUCUUUUAUUAGCCGCUUAUUUUAUUUUUGUAUUCAGUAUGUAUGCUAUCGUCGUUAGUAAGUUUGUUCCUGAAACCGGAAACAAGACGCUUGAUUGGAUUAAGAGGGAUGAAUAUUAUUGCCUUUUAGUUCCACUCACAUUACCAGUAACAAUAUAUGCGAUAUUCUUUAAUUGGUUGGGCAUGAAAUUUUUUAGACAUAAUUAA